AUGGAGCAGUGGGAAGAAUGGGGAGUAGAAGAAGAGGAUUCUAAAAUUACAAUAAUGCCAUCUCUUUUAUGUUUAGAAAUCGACCACUGCUAUACGCUGAAAGCACUGCCGAACUUCCUAUGGAAGACCCCGCUGUGGGAAUUGAGCAUCGAGGAGGAUUGUUCGAUUCUUGCACAAUGGUUCGAGACGAGAUGUGGAAUGGAGUGGGUGAAAAAGGCGUCUCAAGUCCAAAACAUCAAAAUUGAUGGCAAAUGUAAUGUGAGGUUUGGAAAACACUGGAUUAGAAAAACUUUACUACAACAGUCAAAAAAGGAAGAGGUGAGGCUGGUCGUCGGGGUCGACCAAGAAGUCGAAAAUCUCAUCGUCCAUCUCCAGGCAGUUCAAGGCGUGCUCCAGGAUGCAGAGGAGAGGCAAGUGAAGGAGGCCAACGUCAAGAAUUGGCUAUACAAUCUGAAAGACGUGUCGUACCAGAUAAACGACGUGUUGGAUGAGUGGAACACCGCCAUUCUCAAGCAUCACAUGGAGAAGCAAGAAAAAGAAGGUGAGAAUAAUGAUCUUGUCCUUGCUAAGAGGAAUAAGGUACGGUUCUCCAUUCCCUCCUUCCUCAGAAAUAUUCCUAUCUGUUUUGGUCAAAUUGGGAUAAUUAUGCGUCAUGACAUUGCUAAGAGGAUAAAAGAAAUCAAUGAAAGGCUAACUUGGAUAGCCAUUUUAAGAAACAACUAUAACUUUCAAAGCACAGUUAGAGGCACUGAACAAGUUGAACGAUCCAAAACCACUUCCUUUGUCAACGUGUCUACCAUAAUUGGUCGCGAAGAGGAAAAAAAGAAAAUACUUAGCAUGUUGGAAAGUGAGAGUGGUCAUCAAUCUGUGAUAGCCAUUGUAGGGAUGGGAGGGUUGGGCAAGACUGCUUUUGCCCAAUCUGUGUACAAUGACCAAAAGUUAACAACUCAUUUCCACAAGAGAAUAUGGGUUUGUGUGUCGGACCCUUUUGAAGAGAUUAAGAUUGCCAAAGCCAUCAUUGAAGUUCUGAAUAAAGACGAUACUCGAAAGAACUCAAAUGACUUUCAAACUUUGUCAGAAUGCAUAUCUAACAAUAUUGGUGGUAAAAAGUUUCUCCUCGUCUUAGAUGAUGUGUGGAAUCCCACUGAUCUUCAGUGGGAACCAUUGAAGGAAGCUUUGCAAAAAGGUGAUGCAAAUAGUAGAAUAUUAGUGACCACUCGAAAUAACACGGUUGCUAUUAUGAUGGGAGCAACCAAUGAUCACAUGAUCAAUUUGAAUAAGUUGAGCGACCAAGAUUGUUUGCGAAUAUUCCGUAGAAUUGCAUUCUUUGAGAAAGAAAAAGAUGAGUCUAAGUUGUUUGACGAAGAUAUUAAGAACAAGAUUGCAAAAAAGGUUGAUGGCUUGCCUCUAGCUGCAAAGACUUUAGCUAGUCUCAUGCGAUAUAAGAAGACAAGAAACGAAUGGGUAGCAGUUUUGGAGAGUAAGAUGUGGGAAUUAGAAGAGGUUGAACAACAGGUUUUUCAAUCACUAUUACUUAGCUAUUAUGAUUUGACUCCAGCUGUCAGACGGUGUCUUUUAUUUUGUGCUGUUUUCCCAAAAGAUUAUAAAUUUGAUAGAAAUGAGUUGAUUGAGUGUUGGAUGUCACAAGAAUAUCUUAGUAUGAAAGGAGAUAGAGAAAAAGAAAGAAUGAUAGGUCAACAGUACUUUGAUAACUUAGUGAUGCGCUCUUUUUUCCAAGACUUUUUUAAAGACAGCGUGAAUGAUGAUAUUGAAACGUGCAAAAUGCAUGAUAUUGUGCAUGACUUUGUACAGUUUCUCACCAAAAAUGAAUGUUUUAUUAUGGAGGUGGCGGAAAGUUGCAAUGAGAAAAGUAUGGUAGUUGACAAUAAGGUUCUUCAUUUGAACAUAAUGUCAACAUAUAAUGAGUCGUUUCCUGUUUCAAUCUACAAUUGCAAAGGAUUACGGACUCUGGUAAUUUCUACUUCGAAACUUCCUCUGUUACCCUCGGACUCAUUUUCAAAAUUAAAAAGCAUUAGAACAUUAAAGUUGAAUGACAACUCAAUCAAAGAAGUUCCCGAAAGUAUUGGUGGACUAGUGCAUUUGCGGUAUCUCGAUUUAAGUGAGAAUGAGGAAUUGAAAGAAUUACCCGAUUCUAUGGGUAAUUUAUUCAAUCUGGAAACAUUGAGUCUCAUUUGCUGCUGGGAACUCAGAAAACUACCGUUGAGCAUAAGAAAGUUGGUUAACUUAAAGCAUCUUUAUAUGGCGUUGAGCAUAAGAAAGUUGGUUAACUUAAAGCAUCUUUAUAUUGAGGGGUGCUCGAAUCUAAAAGUACCAAAAGAGAUUGGAAGAUUAAGAAAUCUGCAAAUCUUAGAUUACUUGUAUCUUCAAGACAGUGGCGAGGAUGAUGAAGGAAUUUUCAAGUUAGGGGAUUUGGGAAACUUGGAGCAGCUUCAAGGGAGCCUUUGGAUUAAAAACUUGAAGUCAGCGAAAGAUGCGAGUGAGGCUAAAAAUGCAGAGUUGGGGAAGAAGAAGAACCUCCUUCAUUUGACUCUAUAUUUUGGGCACGACAAUGUUAGCGAUCCGGAGAUUGCAAAGGAUGAAGAAAUACUGAAUGGCUUUCAAGUGCAUACAAAUCUGGAGUCGUUGGCUAUCUAUUCUUACCACAGUAACACCUUGUGUCCCAGUUGGAUGAUGAGUUGUCAUAAUCUGAGAAGGCUUAAAUUCUCUCAUUUACCAUUUUGUGGGGUUUUGGCUCCUCUAGGGAAACUCCGGUCCCUUGAAUAUUUAGAGAUAUUUAGGAUGAAGAGUGUGAAAAAGGUGGGAGUUGAAUUUUUGGGAAUAACAGGCGAAACACCACAAACAUUAAUAAAGUCGUUUCCCAAAUUGAAAGAACUCCAAUUUAUGGUCAUGGAGCAGUGGGAAGAAUGGGAAGGAGUAGAAGAAGAGGAUUCUAAAAUUACAAUAAUGCCAUCUCUUUUGAAGUUAGAAAUCUAUAACUGCAUGCAGCUGAAAGCACUGCCAAACUUCCUAUGGAAGACCCCGCUGCGGGAAUUGAGCAUGACGGAGGAUUGUUCGAAUAUUGCACAAGGGUUCGUGACGACAUAUGGAUAUGGAACGGAGUGGGCCAAGGCGUCUCAAGUCCAAAACAUCACAAUUAAUAGCAAGUUUGUGAAAAAAGACGGAGUUGGAAUGUUGGAGGAGGAUUGA